ACCAGCUGUCUCUCGGCUGAUUUUUUUUGCAUUGAGUUGACAGAGUAAUUUGAGUUAACGAGCUCCUUCACAAGCUCGGUCUAGGAAGGAAUUAAACCCAAGACCCCGCUGUAUAUCAGUCUUUUCUUCUUUCUGCAAAGGAGGUUGUGUUAUUAAAAAGAAAAGGUAAUGCUUCUUAUAGUAUCCACUUAUUUUAUCUUUAUACAACAAUUUGAAAAGACUGUUAUAAAUAAUCUAUGAAAUUCAAUGUGUGUGUAGGAUUAAUGUGAAGAUUUAAAAACUGAUUGGACCAAAAUGUUGACCAUGGUCUUAAUUUAAUAUGAGCUUAAUUUAAUAUUGUUUAUACAAUAAUUGAGACCUGGGGCUGGAAAACAUGACUACUGUCAUCCCCUUUAUCUGGGCCUCAAUUUUCUCAUCUGGAAAAUAAAGGUUGGAUGAGGUGUCUUCUCAGGUCUGUAUGGAAUAGAGCUGAAGACAAAAGGAAAAGGCAACUUAGGAUCUUUGCUCACUAGGACAAAAAGAGGCACAGGCUUCGAAGCAGACGGACCUGGGUUCAAAUCUCAGAUCUUAUUUGCUUUAGGAAGUUAGAUUUCAUUGCACUCAGCUAUAAAAUGGGACCAAGCUAUUUUGAGGGCUGAUGAGGUUUAAAUUAGAACACACCUAUAAUGUUCCUAGUACAACCUGUGCACAUAUUUUAUGCUUCUAUAAAUGGUAGGACCAUAUUUUAAGGUGAAGAAAAACAUAAGGCUGAGCGCAUGAUCGAUCUAGCAAUUUCCACUCUGGCACCUGGAGAAGAAAGGGAGCGAGCAGAUCCCUGUCCUUUACCGGCAGAGAUAUCCCUCUGCCGUGAUGAAACCGGAGCUGUCAGGGUCUAAAAAAAGCACCCCAUCAGGGGGAAGGCACCACAUCUUGGCAAGAAAUGCUUCACAUACUUUCAUCGUCACCAAACACUCUUCCCACCCCACACCCUGCUUCUAUUUAAAUCCGAGGCACUCCACUGGUCCCCACUCACUUUUCGGGUGCCCAGGCUGUCAGCACGGAAGAGAAGGGAAGCAUGACUACAGGAGAGAAAGGAAGGGAGGAGGGGCCAGCCAAGAGUGCCCUGCGGAAGAUACACAGGGCCACCCUGGUGAUCAACUUGGCCCGAGGUUGGCAGCAGUGGGCAAAUGAGAACAGCACCAGGCAGGCCCAGGAGCCCGCAGGCUGGCUGCCCGGAGGGACUCAGGACCCACCUCAAGAUCCUAAACCAGUGAUACAUCCCACUCCCCACCAGAAAGCCCAGAGCGCCCCCAGGUCUCCCUCCCUAAAGCCAGAGGGGCCAGGGGAAGGACCGAGCUCAGGGGAGGCCUCGGAGGUCUCCCCUAUCAAAAGGAAAGAGGUGACCAAAACAGUUGUCAGCAAAGUUUAUGAGAGAGGAGGAGACGUGAGCCACCUCAGCCACCGGUACGAGCAGGACGGCGGCACAGCUGGCCCUGGGCAGCCGGAGGAUGACAUCGACAGGAUCCUCCACAGCCACGGCUCCCCGACACGGAGGAGAAAGUGCUGCAACCUGGUAUCCGAGCUGACCAAAGGCUGGAAGGAGAUGGAGCAGGACGAGCCCAAGUGGAGGAGCGACAGCAUAGACACGGAGGACAGCGGCUACGGAGGGGAGACGGAGGACAGGCCCGAGCAGGACGGAGAGCAGGUGGCCGCUGCCCGAAUCAAAAGGCCCUUGCCCUCCCAGGCAAAUAGAUUUACGGAGAAACUCAACCGCAAGGCCCAACGGAAAUGCAGUCAAUUGCAGGACCUGAAAGGAAAAUGGCAACAGUGGGCUGAUGAACACAUACAAUCCCAGAAGCUCAACCCUUUCAGUGAAGAAUUUGAUUAUCAGCUGGCCAUGUCCAACCGCCUCCACAAGGGAGACGAAGGCUACGGCCGUCCCAAGGAGGGAACCAAAACAGCCGAGAGGGCCAAGCGAGCCCAGGAACACAUCCAUCGGGAAAUUAUGGACAUGUGCUUCAUUAUCCGCACAAUGGCUCGCCACAGACGUGAUGGCAAGAUCCAGGUCACUUUCGGAGAUCUUUUUGACAGAUAUGUUCGUAUUUCAGAUAAAGUGGUGGGCAUACUCAUGCGUGCCAGAAAACACGGACUGGUGGACUUCGAAGGAGAGAUGCUAUGGCAAGGCCGAGAUGACCAUGUUGUAAUUACUCUACUCGAGUGAACCUUCAACAACAAAAGCCAAACUUGACCCACUAUUGUCUUAAUGCUAAAUGCUAAUUUAGUCAAAUUAAAAUGCAAACUGUUCUGUAAUAAGUAGGAUAUAAUAAACAACUUUUACAUGAAUGA